UGCAUUGGUGAGUCAGUGGCCUUCUCGCUACUCUCGAAUUCAUCGCUUCUUUGCAACAACAAAGAAGGGAUAUACUGAUACCGUAAAUUACACCACCACCCACAUUGAGCCUUAUCAGCAGACCACAUAGCUUAGCAGCAGCAGAGGUAGCUCUACUAUACCUUCAAUGGCGGCUCCAUUGACUACCCUGUCAAAUGUUGGUUCGCUUCCGGGUUCUCGCAGCGUAUCUCAGAUCAGAGCUUUGAUCCCUACCUGUACUUCAGUCACGCUUCCAACAAUUCCAUUGUCUUCUAACAAAAAGGCAACGUUAUCCUCCAGCUUCCUCUUCAGGUCGUCGCGUUUGUCCCCUCUGACAUUCUUUUCGAACCCUAAUUCUCAGAAAAGGGCCAGUCUUGUUAGCUCAGUCCGAGCCAGUGCUGAGGAAGCAACUUUGCAAUCAAAAGUGACCCAUAAGGUGUAUUUUGACAUUAGCAUUGGGAAUCCAGUUGGGAAGCUUGCUGGAAGGAUUGUGAUUGGAUUGUUUGGUGAUGAUGUGCCCCAAACCGCAGAGAAUUUCCGUGCCCUGUGCACAGGUGAUAAGGGCUUUGGGUUCAAGGGUUCAGCAUUCCAUCGUGUAAUCAAGGAUUUCAUGAUUCAAGGAGGGGAUUUUGACAAAGGCAAUGGAACUGGAGGUAAAAGCAUUUAUGGUCGUACUUUUAAGGAUGAGAACUUUAAGUUGUCUCAUACUGGACCAGGAGUUGUUAGCAUGGCCAAUGCAGGCCCCAAUACCAAUGGGAGCCAGUUCUUCAUAUGCACUGUCAAGACCCCAUGGCUCGACAACAGGCAUGUUGUGUUUGGGCAAGUUCUGGAAGGCCUGGACGUGGUUAGGCUGAUUGAGUCUCAAGAGACAGACAGAGGCGACCGUCCUACAAAGAAGGUGGUCAUUGCCGACUGCGGAGAGCUGCCGGUGGCCUGAUGAGUUUUCUUAUCAGUUUGAGUUAUCAGCGAUUCUUAUCAGUUUGCUUCCUUUUGGAAAUGUAGGCUUUUGUAUUAUCUACCCAGUCAAGAGGCUUUUGUUUGGUGGGAUUAGGUCCUGCACAAUCUUCUUUCUUUUCCACAUAUCUGUAUUCCAGAUAGUUGAGUUUGAGAACUGAGAAUUAUAGCCAAUUAGAGGAAAGAACAUUUUCUGAAUCUACGAGUGAAAUGAAAAUGUGAUGAUAGGUGGACUGAUUAAUAUUGUUAA